UGACGAUUCGAAAAGCACGAAAGUUUCAAACCAAACACAACAACAUAGCCUUUUUAUAUUAAUUUGAUGCAUAUUAUUUUAAUUUCAAUCUGAAUGAGGACACAAAAAUGAAUUUGGGCGACCCUGAACUGGAACUGAUUGACCCAACGCCGAAUGUCCACACUUUGUUCAUACACUUCGACAAAGUGUUCUUCUGGGCGAAACUGGCCAGCAGGGCUGUUGUUCGAUGGAGCAAGCGGAUGUAUUCUUGUGCUGGGAUAUGCUCAUACGAAGGCAGAGGUGGGCUCUGCGACAUAGCUUUAAGCGAACCACUGCUCAAGCUACGUCCUCGUAAAGACCUGAUCGAGACCCUUCUCCACGAGAUGAUCCACGCAUACCUGUUCAUCACGAACAGAGACAGAGAAAGGGACGGCCAUGGUCCAAACUUUCAAGCUCACAUGCACCGAAUAAACAAAUCUGCUGGUUUGAAUAUCAGCAUCUACCAUGACUUUCAUGAUGAAGUGAAGUUGUAUUUAACUCAUUGGUGGAGAUGUAAUGGUCCCUGUCAAACUAGAAGACCAUAUUUUGGUGUUGUUCGUCGAUCACAGAACAGAGCGCCAGGACCCAAUGAUUGCUGGUUUGCAUCCCAUCAGAAAACCUGUGGAGGCACAUUCAUGAAAAUUAAAGAACCUGAAAAGAAAACCAAAAAGACUGCUGCUGAAAAGAAAGCGAAUAAUAUGGGUGAUAUUACGAAGUACAUGAAUAAUAACAACAGUCAAACAGUUAACAAUAAUAAUAUACCAGGUGAUGUAAGGAGACCUCUGACACCUUUAGUAAAAAAUGUUCCCAAUACUCUAACUGUGAAAACAAAAUCUAAUGGAGGAAAAACACUAGUAGUAACUCAAAAAAGCAUUCCAAACAGUCCAGUUUCAAAGCCACCUCUAUCAAAACCACCACUUGUAUUCGUUGGUAAGGGUCAAACUGUUGAUGGUGGCAGGAAAAGAACUAGCUCAGGAAAUGUAGCAGAGGCCGUUAGGAACAUUUGGGCUAACAAGCAGUUGCCCACAUUACCAAAUAGUCCAAAAGAUAAAAUUCUUGCAAGUAGCAAAAUUGCUGCCAAUAAUGUUCAAAUUCAGAAUCUCGAGACUAAGAGACCAAAUAAACAUAAAGCGGAUGCAAUUCAGACUGGGUCUCCCCCUGCAAAGGUGAAGAAGAUUGACGAUUACUUCAAAAAUGCUGCCACAUCAAUCUUGAAAGAUGUUUAUGGACAAGAUUUUAAAUUAACAGAGACUGAUAAUAAAAUAGUUGCCAAGAAACUGAAUUUAGUAGACUGUCCAAUUUGCAACACCAAAGUAGAUAGCAAUGAAAUCAAUAGGCACAUAGAUGAAUGCUUAAACAGAGAUGUUAUAGAAAAGUUAAGUAAGGAUAAUAUAGAAGUCAUUGAUACUCCAGGCUCUUCAAGUUCUAAUGGACCAAUAAAUAAAAACCUCAAGGAUAUUGUUGGAGUGUUGCCACCAAUUCCGCCCUUUAAAAUGUUCAAAGAAGAAAAUGGUGAUAUUAAACCUGAAAUAACUGCAACUGUUGAUUUAACAAACAUUUACAAUGUGAACAGCACACCAAACGCACGAAUAUCUCCUGUAGCCAAUACAUCAGUCAACAGUUUCGAUCAGAAUGAUGUCAACAGAGUUAAAGCUGUUGUUAAAAAAAUGAACUACGAUAAACACGUUAGGAAGUCGGAUAAUUUUGUAGUCGUAAAAGAGGAACCAAAAAACGUUGAUUGUGGUUUCCUGCCUUCUUUCUUGGAUGACAUUGGAUGUGCCAUUAAAGUUCCUGCUGUUAAAAUAGAGCCUGGAUGUAGUAAAGAUAUAGUUUCUGCAUUGACUGAACAGAAGUGUCCUUGCUGUGGUAAGGUGAUAAAUAAACCAGUGGCAGAACACUUGGACGAAUGCCUAGCUUUCUUUAGUGAUAACAGUACUGUACCUGAACCAGGAGCUUCGACUAGUUUCGCUAAUAACACAAUAGUGAUUGAUGAUGAUGAAGAUGACAUGUUUGAUGAGACUCAGACCUUUAAUGCCACAGGAACAAAAACACCGUGUCCAUGUUGCUUAGAAAUGAUUGAAUCGGCCGAUAUGAAUAGUCAUUUGGACAGUUGUUUAAGUUGAGCGGAAGGCUAAAGAUAUAAUUUUUGCUACUACCUAGUACUCUUUUCAAUAUGUCUUCUUUCCUUCUUUCUAUCUUUUUAAUUAGCGAUAAUAAUUUGUAUCUUACUAUUGUUUAUUAGGAUUGAUUAUGACUGAUUAUGAUAAUUUUAAUUAUAAUAUUAGUUUAAUUUUGAUGGUUAAUUAUGUUAUGA